AUGCUCAUUUACGGUAAUGAAUCGUGGGACAUGACUGAAAAAUCGUUGAUCCCGGCUACAGCGGCUGAAAGGGGCUUUCUUAGACGAGCAGCUGAUCCAGCGUACAAAUAUCCAAGGAUCCUUGGUGUACAGUCGCUGCUUCUCCUGAUCGAGAAGUCAAAACUUGGUGUUCGCCCACUUGAUUUCGUAACUUUCUGGUUGCCCGCUCUCUGCUACUGGGAUGCCGAGGAAAAGGGCAGCACAGAUGGCAGCAGCAGCACCUGCGGUGGCACUAGUGGCGUUGGCACUUCGCUGGACGAUUCUCUGCAUGCUCUGCUGGAAAACAUUUUGCCUCGUAAAGACUACAUGCCGGACAAGUCCCAGAUCUUCACGUUUCUACUCAGCGCAAGGAUGUUCUGUAGUCCGGCCGAGCUGCUCCAGGAAAUCCUUCAGCACUGCAUAUACGAGCAAAAUAGCGCCGGCGUCAACUACCGCAAGGACCUGAGGACGAAGUUUGCGCGCAGCGUCGUUCACUUCCUGCUCGAGUGGGUCGUGUCCUUCCCUUACGACUUCUUGGACUCGAAGAUGAGCGAGCGGCUGAACGAGUUCCUGGACAUCUGCUGCUGCGUGUCCAUUAUGAAGAAGUGCCCUGAAGCGUCGUUGCUAGCCCAGCAACUGACCCACAUCGAAAUGGAACGAAUGAGUAUGAUCGGCCCCGAAGAGUUUGUAUACUACUGCUUGGCAAAGAAACCUUGCCCACAGGUGUCCAAGGAAAAUACAUGUCAACGACGGGUCACCCACAACAUCGACCACUAUUUGGAAUGGUGCAACCGUCUGACGUACCUGGUGGCAACCGAAAUUUGUCGGGUGAAGGCUGUGAAAACGAACCAGCAACAAUAUUUUGUUAUCACGACGUUUGAUGGUUUAGCACGUCAAGAAGAAAGUUCGGACACGCGCCAUGGAGUUCUUCAUCGACGUCGCAAAGGAGUGCUUUAA